GCGAGCCUCAGCCUUGGGUUCGACACUGUUUGUAUGAGUGUGCCAGCAGGAUGUGCAUGCUUCUCCACACUUCCGUUGUGGAUGGCGCAGAUGGGUCGUGACGGAGCCCAGCCCGAACCAGUCGCCUCCAGUUCCUCACAGCCUGAUGCCAUCUCCCGGUGGAUGAAGCCAAAGCCAGGUCUUUGUGGGUCGAACGCGAGAUGAAGCCAUCAACGAGGCCUCAAACCCAUCCGCGGUGCGGCACACACGGGCGGCCCCACUCGACACGAGUGCGGUCGAAGCAUUUGGUGAAGAUGGAAGGAUGGUGAAGUGAUCGGGGAAGCGACCAGGUGCAUACAUCCAGGGUCAUCCAUUGCUACUUAAAUUUCUGAUACGAUUUGUUUAUGUGACGUGCUGGUGUUUUUCAAGCGUUUCCCAGAAAACGCUCGUUUGGUGAAAAAGAGGACGAGAGGUUUUGACAUCCCUUGAUGGUUGCCACUCCAUUCCACCCAGCCCUUCCCAGCACACAUGCAUGCACAUUCUUCCUCAUCGCGGAGCUCACUUGCCCGAGAUGCUGGCAUCCUUGGACGCGUACCACGUGGCACUGCCUUCUGGUUCACACAGAGGACUGCCAUCGAGGCUUUGUGGUUUUUGCCUCAUCGCGUUUCUUCGAUUUGCAGCUGUGGCUGCAGCAGCUGCCUGCUUUGCGGCAGCCUCUCGAUCCGCAGGCCGGCUCCUCCCAUUUUGGCUUGCAAUGCCAAGACAUCAGCGUUGUACUCUUGGCGCUGGAUCUCUGGUGAUAGAUGUCUUGCCCAACACCGCGGGCCUCCAAACUGGAAAGCUGAUGUGUCACCAUGGCAGUCAAUCACGCCUUCUCCUCCGUGGAGUGUGGAUUGGAGUAGGAGUUGGAGAUGUACCUGGCCAUGCUCGGUUGGUAGGCCAUUCCGGAACUUGAUGGAGCUGAACAUGGAUGCGCACACACACAGAGCGCACCUCACAUCCCCUGCCGCCAGUCUUCUAAACCAAAAUGGCUUGCAAGCUCAAAAAACGCUCGAAUUCUCAAAAAAAGGACGAGGCAUAAAUUCAAGAUACGAAAUGAAAUUUAAGCUCGAAGUUGUCAUUUAUGUAUCGAACAGGGGUAGGGUCAAGAACUUAAGGUACGAAGGAAGGUCCUGGAUAUCGUGAAUACUCUCCAUGAAAGAGAUCGAAGGUUCGGAGGUUCUUGGCUUGAAAGAAGUGACACCAUGUGACACCUAGGAAGGAUGAUUGGAAGAGCGACCCGUAGUAGAUGAUCCGAUCUUCCCAAAGACGACCCAAUGUUCUUUCCCUAGGCCUCCAGUCGUACCUUCUGAGAAGGUGUUUGGGGUGCGUUCGGAAGGUCCAAAGACCUGAGGAGGUACUUGGAGGUGUAGGGUUUAUGAUGCUGGGCCGGCUUUUUGGAAGUAUCAGGCCGGUGUGGAAGACCGGGACUUUACUUAUAAACCAAGAGAGCUGACAAAGACUCCUGUGAUCCUAGCUGGCCCAUCCUGGUCAGAUUGGAAGUUGCCCAUCCUGCAAAAUUUAGAAGCAGGAUGUUUUUGUCAAAAUGGGUGAAUCCCCUGCGUGGAAUAUGUGUGAUUCCCGUGUUUGAUUCGAUGUAAAUCUGACCACAGGGCAUCAUCCCUCGAUCAGAUCUGAUCCAUGUGCAGCGAAUCGAUGCGACGAAAAGCGGAUCUUUAGAGAGGGUCCUAUACACUCUCUCUCUCUCUAACUCAUAUGAGCCAACGUGGAGUG